CGCACACUUUGAGAAACACUGCCUUAGUAACACCACCCUUUGUCUGGCAAUCAUUUUGUGUUCCUUUCACUUUAUUUCUCAAUCUCUUGUUCCUCUCCUAGAGGAGGGUGUGCACCGGCAGAAGAACUCAGGAAAGUGGAGCGAGACAGAUCUAGACGUGUCCUACGACAAGAAACCUCACCACACCUAUGACAAGACAGAGUGGCUACAGCCGUCUGUGCCAAAUAGCUGCUGGAGAGAGUCCAACCUCGAUGGCCCCCUUCAGGCCCCAAGCCCAAAAAAGGAUCCUCGCUCUCAAAAUCUCAAGUUUUCCCACGCGUCUCUCCCGCGUAACAUACGUAUAACAGUGCCUCCAGAUGUUUCAUCCCCAGUCCACUCCCAAUACCAGCCUCAGCCCAUCAUCUCCCGUAUUUCUAUCCCCCCAACAUCGUCUCCGUCCCGCCAGCGCAAGCCCAUCCCUCUCUCUGUCAUCAUGCGUCUACAAAACCCCCGCUGGGGAGGAAGACCAGUCCCCCACCCCAGACUCAUGGGAGGAGACGGUGAUAUGGCCCCUUACCCACCAACCGUGCCAUUUCCGAGGGAAUUCUUCCACCAACUUGUACCCCCGUCACUGCAGCACCCACCUGAGCUGAGACAGCCGGCAAUGUACAGUGACGUGCUGAACUCCGGGGAUAUAGAUGCAGAGUUAGAGCGGCUGGACUUAGUUCAUCACAUGCCUGUGAUUCAGGAGACUCCCAGCACACCAGAGGGCAGCAGCGAGGGUAUGGUCCCAGCCCCCCGGCCCCUCAGCCCCACCAGGAUGCAGCCAGUGGUGGCCCAGAGCGAGCAGAUCCCCAACCUGGAGGAGCUGCUCCGCAUCCGAGCAGAGAUCCCCCGGGCCCUGAAGCGGCGGGGCUCCCAGGAUCCUUCCAAGCCACUGAAGAGCGCCUCCCACUACCAGCCCAACCAGUACAAAAACCUAAUUGACAAGCUUUUCCGCAAGAAGGCCCACCGUCAGAAGGGGGAGAAGGGGAGUGAGACCAGCAGCUCCUCAGAAGAAGAGGACUUCGCUACACCUCCUGCACAUCUACCUGCAGCCACAAUGCAGCAAGAUUUCAGACUCUACCAUUCCAUCCUGCGGCGACCCAAGCACAAGAGUUCUGGGAGGCGAGCCCGCCUCAGCCCGCUGGUCCUGCUGCUGGACGGGUCGCUGGUCGGAGAACUGGAGACGGUGCAGAAGGCCGUGCAGGAGAUGAGCGACCCCAGCCAACCCAACGAUGAAGGCAUCACCGCCCUUCACAAUGCCAUCUGCGGCGGCCAUUACAACGUGGUGGACUUCCUGGUUCGUAUUGGAGCCAAUGUCAGCGCUCCAGACAGUCACGGCUGGUAA